GCCAGCACAUUGGUGCAAUUCUGACUCACACUGACCAGAAGAAUCAACAGUGCUGGGCUUUAUUAGGUUUAUUUACUAGAGUAAACAAAGGUUACUGAAUUACAUCUUUUCAUGGCUCCACACAUUGAAGAAAAUAUUGACGAAGUAUCGAAAACUUCAACCUUACAAAACCAAACCGAAGAAAAGAAUGCGAUCACUAUUCGUGAUGCUACUGUCGACGAUGCCGAAUCCAUAGCCGCUAUUGGAAGAGAAGUUUUUUCAGUAACAUUCGGCUACUCAUUGUCUGCUGAAGAUCUUCAGACUUAUCUACAGGAGACUUACACUAAGGCGUCUGUUUCUGAGGAAAUUAAAGAUCCCUUGAAGCACGUCAUGGUAGCCUGCACUGCUGACGACAAUGUGCUAGGAUUCGUUCAAUUAACAAAAGGCAGCAGCGAACCUUGUGUAGAAGAUGCCGAAAAACCAAUCGAAUUACAGCGACUCUAUGUCCACCAUGAAUCUCAUGGAUUGGGUAUUGGAAAAUUGUUAAUUCAGAAGGCCGAGAAAGUUGCAAUCUCACAAGGCUACAAGACCAUGUGGUUAGGAGUUUGGGAAGACAAUCUGAAAGCACAAAAGGUGUAUGGAAAGUCAGGCUUCGUCCAUGUUGGAGAACACGACUUCAAGAUGGGAGACUGUAUACAAACCGAUAUCAUCAUGAUCAAGACAUUAUAAUGUACAUAGAGAGACACAGUAUCCUGUGUGCUGAUCAUGCAAAUAUCGAUAGCAUAAGAAUUUUCACUUUCGUGUUUAAAGUAGAGGUUGCAUCACAACUGUAAUAUAUAGCACCUAUUCUAAUGCUUUACCACUUACAUCAUAAAAUCAUAACACUUUGUUUCCCGCGUA